AUGAGCUACUAUUUUGCCAUUGUGGGCACCCAGGACAACCCGCUGUUCGAGUACGAGUUCGGGACGUCCAAACAAGGCGGCGACGGACAGUCGCGCUUCACCGACCAGGUGCGGCACCUGAACCAGAUCAUCCUGCACUCAAGUCUAGAUGUCGUCGAGGAAGUGCAGUGGUCACAAGGGCAGAUGCACCAUCGAGAACUCCAUGCUGACUCGGCUGGCCACUCCUCCAGGUAUCUCAAGUGCAUCGACAAGUUCUUCAACAACUACAUAUCCUGCUUCGUCACCGGCGCUGGCGCCAAGUUCCUGCUGCUGCACCAGCCGCCGCCGCCCAACCCCGCGGGCUCCUCGCGCUCCUCGACGGCCAUUGGCGCCAACCCAACGAGCCCCGCGACCGAGGAGGCCAUUAAGAUGUUCUUCACCGAGGUCUACGACAAUUGGGUCAAGGCCAUCAUGAACCCAUUCUACAAGCAAAACAUGGAGGUCCGCAGCCCCGUCUUCCGGGCGCGAGUGGCAGCGGCUGGACGGAAAUACCUUUGA